AUGCAGUGGACACGGAGGGUUAUCACCGGGGCUCUGCUCGGGCCGAAGAUGAACGGGUCAUCUCAUCGUGAUACGGGUGAUUCCUAUCGUGCUAUUGUGGUUGCACACGAUGGCGAAGUUGAUGUUCGAGGAUCAGCAGGCAGUCAGGAAACAAAGAAAUGCCGAAGUAGUCUCCUCAAGGAUAUGAUUCUCGACGUCUGA